GCACUGUCGUCAUUGUCUAGCUGUAUUACGUUAGUAACGUUAUCUUUUACUUGUGUAAAAACUUAAAUAAUGGCUGAUACUAAACUGUAUGAUUUAUUAGGUGUUUCCCGAAAUGCCAGUGAUUUAGAAAUUAAAAAGGCGUAUCGUAAACUUGCCAAGGAAUUUCAUCCAGACAAAAACCCUGAAAAAGGAGAAAAGUUUAAAGAAAUUUCAUAUGCAUAUGAAGUCUUGUCAGACCAGAAAAAGAGAGAGAUCUAUGAUCGCCAUGGCAUAAAAGGUCUUCAAGAAGGAGGAACGGAUGGUGGUUUUGCAAGUGAAGAUAUCUUCUCACACUUGUUUGGAGGAGGUUUGUUUGGUGGUAUGGGCCGUGGAUCUGGUCGGAGGAAGAUAAGUGAAGAUACAGUACACCCACUCAAGGUUUCUCUUGAAAACCUGUACAAUGGAAAAACUGCUAAACUUCAGUUAAACAGGAAUGUCAUCUGCAAGACCUGUGAUGGAUAUGGUGGUAAGCCUGGUGCCUUACAGUCUUGUCAGACUUGUAAUGGUCGAGGAAUAAAAGUCACUUUCAGGCAGUUGGGCCCUGGUAUGAUGCAACAGACACAGACUUCUUGUCCAGACUGUGGUGGUGAAGGUAAAUAUAUGAAGCUGAGUCCUUCUGAAACUGAAAAGUGGAGAGGUUAUGCUGAAAUUUUGUUCAAUUUGUCAUUACAUCCAAAAACUUGGUCAGAUUGGAACUUAAAAUACCAGGAUGGCAGUGUUACAGUAUGA